AUGGGCAACAGUCUCUCCAAAGUCAAGGGCACUCUCAAGGCCAAGUCUCCCAAGUCCAAGUCUACCCAAAGGGCCAAAACCACUGUCGAGGACAUAGAGGCACUGAUAACACCCAAACCUCUGACACCUCUUGAUGCCUACGAUCUCACCAUCUCCCAGGUCAAUAAAGGCUUCCAUCUUACAGAAUACACCAACGAAAUCUUCGAAGGGUUCUGGACUAAGAUCACAAUCUGUCCCCACUGCCUCACUAUAUACUUAGGUCACCUCCUCAACCAGUACACCAUUGAACAUGCCAACGGCGACCCCAACGCCUUACGGAGCCGGCUGGACAGACUUUUUCUCGCUGUCCAUUGUUUGCCCCCAGAUCUAUGCUAUCCUAGCAAACCGCCCGUUCCCUUAUUCGGAGGAACCAAGGGCAGGUAUGAGCCGUUCAUCCACGAGGGGAAGCAGUACAGUCUGCGUGCCUCGACUGAGGGCUCGCUGUGGUACGGCCGCCAGCCCCAGCAAGGCUUGAAGCUCUGUGCCGUCGCCGUCACGAUGAAGGAAGGCUAUGCUGAAUUUGGUGUGCCGGAAUGUCUGGCGUACAUGAGCAUGAUCCAGUCCCGACGUGCGGUGGAGAAGAAGAAGCGGCAUAGGAUCUUCGGUCUAUGCACGGAUGGAGAGGACUUCCAUUUUCUGGAGAUUGACAGCGGACUCAACUGGUCGCGGCUGCAUUUGACGUAUUCCAACGAUCUCCAGCAGAUUCUCGAACUUCUGGCCUUUAUUCAUCUUUGUGCUUCGAUGCUGCGUGACGAGGAUCUGGACGGAGAAUCCGACGAUGACUCUGAAGCCCCAGUGGGGUAUGUCAUUGACCCAGACUAUCCUGCCUGGGUGAAAGCUUAG